AUGCCUCCUCGCACGGGAAAGGAUAAACAAAACCCCAGGCUCCCACCGGAGGUGACUCGCCUACUCUACAUUUGUAACCUUCCCUUUAGCAUAACAAGCGAAGAUACGUACGAUCUUUUCGGAAGGUACAGUACGAUUCGUCAGGUUCGAAUCGGUUGUGAAAAGGGCACAAAAGGUACGGCUUUCGUCGUAUACGAGGAUAUCUACGAUGCUAAGAAAGCUGUCGACCAUCUCUGGCUUCAACAUAGCGAACCGGUACCUUAUCGUGCACUAUUACCAACAUGCGAAGAUGAGCAAGAAGUUUGA